AUGACACUCAUGUCGCCAACCAUGGAUGAUAUCAACAUGGACACUGUGACUGCUGCCUGCCGGACGCCACGCAUUCCAAUGCCUGCAGCGGCCAUGGACCCCCCCAAGGCGCUGCUGGCGGCGGCCGCGGCACCAGCACCCCAGCAGCACCUGCACCCAGUGCACCCACCACUGGCACCUCUGGCAGAAGGAGCGUCCGUGUCCCUUGGCGCAAGCACCAGCACCAGCAGAUCUUAUCCAUCACUCUCACACGGCGAAUUGGAUAAUAAAGCCGCCAUCCUGUCCCAGCAUUUCACGGACAACUAUACACAAGAUCAGGCGCAUGACCCUUCUGGCGCCCUGACUCUGCCCUCGACUCGAUCCAAUGCCACUGUCAUGCGAUUAGACACCGAAGCCCGGUCUGCGCGAUAUUCGGAUACUAAUAGGGACGGCGCCCCGGAUACCAACACCACCACUUCACCCACGUCAGUCACCUCCGCAACAUCUGCCUACUCUUCAGUCUCCUCCGCCGCUACCGCAGUCUCAGAGGCGGAAUCCGCCCUCAGCGACGAUCCUGCGGCUGCUGUGGCCUCUCAAUUCCUCCUCAAGACUCACUCCCAGGCCUCUUUUCCAUCUCAGGCCAUUGUGAGGGCGCAGCCGCCUGUAUCUCGGAAUAAGAAGCCCGAGGCGCUCUCGCUCAUCAACAUGGAUUCAAAUCAACAUCGUCAACAACAUCACAUCCACACACAUUCACGACUCCCGUCUGCCUCUUCGGCGGCUGCCAGCGAGAGAUUGACGAAUGCGCUCAACGACCUGGUGCUUUCCGGCGCCGCAACGACACCACAGACGGCCAUGAUCAAGUCGCCGUGCUUCUAUCACACCAGGUUCGACGAUGCCGUCAACAUUGAUAAGGUCCUGGAGGAGAUUACCAACGAUGAGUCCAUGUCACAUUGCAGGCUCGUGCAGACUGCCACCAGCGUGCGCGAGGUGUCAAAGCAAUUGCAGCGUCGACCUCUGAAGCGUGCUGUACGCAGCGUCAUGAUCGUCACCAAGGCGCGCGACAACCAGCUCGUCGUCCUCACCAGUGAACUGACGAAAUGGCUGCUGUCAACGCCUCGCUACGGCUCGGAUCUCGGUGUCACCGUCUAUGUCGACUCCAAGCUGCGCAACUCGAAACGCUUCGACAAAAACGGCAUCCUGAGUCAGAAUCCCCGGUUCGAGCACAUGCUCAAGUUCUGGACCCCCGACAUGUGCUGGAACCAGCCCGAAAAGUUCGACCUGGUGUUGACGCUUGGCGGUGACGGCACUGUCCUCUACACCUCCUGGCUCUUCCAACGCAUCGUCCCGCCCGUCCUGUCCUUCAGCCUGGGCAGCCUCGGGUUCAUGACGACCUUUGAGUUUGAGAAGUACAAGGAGCAUCUCGAUCGCGUGCUGGGCGACGCCGGCAUGAAGAUCAACCUCCGCAUGCGCUUCACCUGCACAGUCUGGCGAGCUGGUUUGCUGGGCGACUCGCAAGAGGGCGAGCAGUUUGAGGUGCUCAACGAGCUCGUCAUUGACCGUGGGCCGUCUCCCUACGUGUCGAACCUCGAGCUCUACGGCGACGACGAGCUUCUCACCGUCGUCCAGGCCGACGGGUGCAUCUUCUCCACGCCCACGGGAUCCACGGCGUACUCCCUCUCCGCCGGUGGCUCGCUGGUGCACCCCGACAUCCCCGCGAUCCUCCUCACGCCCAUCUGUCCACACACCCUCUCCUUCCGCCCCAUGGUUCUCUCCGACACAUUGGCACUGCGGGUGGCCGUGCCCCGCGACUCGCGCGCGACAGCAUACUGUGCCUUUGACGGCAAAGGCCGGAUCGAGCUGCGGCAGGGUGACCAUGUGACCAUCACCGCAUCGCAGUACCCCUUCCCCACCGUCACGCGCACGGACAACGAAUGGUUCGAUAGCGUCCGCCGCACUCUGCGCUGGAACGUCCGCGCGGCCGCGCAGAAGCCCUUUGACAACACUGUCGGGACGCCUGAGGACGAGGCGGACGACGACGUCUGGGACAUUGACACAGACUCGGGCUUCUACGCCAGCGAGGAGGGCAGUGCCGCGGCCAGCCCCAUACGCAAGCAGAUGCUGGGGAUGUAG